GUGGGCGGCAUCAGGUUUGUGCUCAGGAGAGCAUCUUGGUCCUAAGGGGAGGCUGCCGAAACAGACGGAGUGUGCAAACCAGGAAAGUUGUUGAAACCAUGAGUGUGGGGUUCAUCGGUGCUGGACAGCUUGCCUUCUCUCUGGCCAGGGGCUUUACUGCAGCAGGGAUCUUGGCUGCUCAUAAGAUCACAGCAAGUUCACCAGACACUGAUCUCCCAACAGUGGCAGGGAUGAGGAAAAUGGGUGUGAAUUUCACCAUAAGUAACAAAGAGACAGUUAAAAACAGCGAUGUCCUAUUUUUGGCUGUGAAACCUCCCAUUAUUCCAUUUAUUCUGGAUGAAAUUGGCUCGGACAUAGAGGAUCGGCACAUCGUGGUCUCAUGUGCUGCUGGUGUCACUAUCAGGUCUAUUGAGAAGAAACUUUCUGCCUUCUGCUCCACUCCAAAAGUAAUCAGAUGCAUGACCAACACACCAGUGAUUGUACGAGAAGGGGCCACAGUUUACGCUACAGGGACACAUGCUGAAGUGGAAGAUGGGAAGCUCUUAGAACAGCUGAUGGCCAGCGUCGGCUACUGCACUGAGGUGGAAGAAGACCUGAUUGAUGCUGUCACUGGACUGAGUGGCAGUGGACCCGCUUAUGCAUUCACAGCCCUAGAUGCCCUGGCAGAUGGAGGGGUGAAGAUGGGUCUUCCCCGCAGGCUAGCUGUCCGACUGGGAGCUCAAGCCUUGCUGGGAGCUGCCAAGAUGCUCUUGGAUUCUGAACAGCAUCCUGGACAGCUGAAGGACAAUGUGUGCUCGCCAGGGGGUGCUACCAUCUAUGCCCUGCACUUCUUGGAGAGUGGUGGUUUCCGAUCGCUGCUCAUCAAUGCUGUGGAGGCAUCUUGCAUCAGAACGAGGGAACUGCAGUACAUGGCUGACCAGGAGACUGUCUCCCCAGCUGCCAUCAAGAAGACUUUAAUGGAUAAAGUGAAGCUAGAGUCUUCUGCUGCCAACAAAGUCAGCCUGUUCAACAAAAACAAUCCUGGCAACAAGAAGUUCUGAGAAGACUCUGGGCCUCCCAUGGCCAUGCUUUCUUUUGUCUUUCUAGGGAAUCUGUAGUUCUAGACAUUUCCGGGAGGCCCUGUCCUGGAUUCAGGGUUGCAGAAAAGUGGUUUUAGCUUCCAAGUGAGAUUAUCAGAGGCUAGUAGGGACCAGCAUUUCUGCAGGUGAGGGGAGGCAACAUUGCCAACACUUCCGACGGGGGUGGGUGGGGUGGCCAUGUGCUUCCCGUUGUAGUAGUUAUUGUAGAGUUGUUCUGCUUUUUUAUGCUGCCCUUUCUCCAGGGACCUCAGGAGCAAUGCAUGUGGGUUAGGCCUCUUCCUGUCUCCCGUUUGUUUUCACAACAAACAUGUGAGGUAAGGUAAAGAAGCAAUUGCUGGGCAGGUCACCUCAGAAACUUCAUGGCUAAACAGGGACUUAAAUCUAGAUCUCCUGGCCCCAAACUGAUACUCUUAUCUUUUGCACCAUGCUCUGUUAGGCUGGUGGGCAAAAACUAGUAUUCUUAAUUUAAGGAAUCAGACUGGAACCCGAGCUGAGACCGGGAAGGGCUGGUUGAUGCUUGUUGCCUGUGGCCUAUCUCAUUCUCAUCACAGCAGGGCUGCUGGCCAGUACGUAUGUCAUUCUGGAGCCUUGUUUAUAAUCUUUAUUGUUCGCUACACACCUUUGCUAUGCCUCACUUCAUCAUUUAAUAUCUGGAAUCCAGCUGCACAGUGCCUACUAUGCUUCUCACAACAGUACAGGAAGAGUUUGCAGUGUUGCUCCAUCUGCCCCUCUCCAUCUCCCUACCUUCUGAAUCUUGGUGAGGUGGGGAAGCUCUUGUAUUAGAAGUGGGUGUCCUCUGAGAUUACAUGACAAGAGUUGGCAGAAGUACAGCUCCAGUCUCUCACUCUAAGGCUGGCUAGGGAGUGAUCCAUUUUUAAAUUGUUCCAGUUCAUGCCGAUAAGGGUUGAAUAACUGGUUCAGCACACCUGUGGAACUUAUUCAGUUUGGUUUGCAGGGGAGUAAAAACAAUGAAUAGAAUAGCAGUGAGUUACAAGUGGUGAUGGAGCAAAUUUAAUGGGUCAACUGUUAACUAUAACCAGUGAGCAAUGUUCCCUCUAAGCUGUGGAGUCUUGUGAGCAAA